AUUUAUUAAGGUACACUAACAGUAUAAUUAUAAGACAUUAAAAAAAUGUAUACAAAAUUAAAUCUGUUACUAUAAAAGGCGAGCACAACAUUCAGAAUUGAAUUGAAGUACUUUAGCUACUAACAAUAAUCAAGACAAACGCAGACAUCCAAUAAAUCAUUACAUAAAAAAAAAUAAAGUGAAAUAAAAAAAGAAGAAGAGAAAAGAGUAUAAUCCAGCAAGAAUAAUCAGUUUUUCGUGACUCCUGCCAAAUCACACGUACAUUUUUAUUUGUUAGAUAAUGACAACAAGCUUAUGCCUAUUGUCAUUAACUACAACGUAGCUACGUACUUAUCUAUUUAUUAAAACUACAAUGAUCUGCCUUUGUGAGUUACCUCAUCAUGACAUCUAUUGAAAUAUGGAAAAUAUCAAUAUCAGUACUCCUAUGCAAGGCAUUAUACUGCAUAAAAUAUCUAAGUAAUGGAGAUAGGCAACCAAGAUUGGUCUUGGUAGUUGGAAGACAAAAAAUAUCAAUCUUAUUUCGAGAAACGGAAUAAAAUAUAUGAAUAUAGGAAUACGAGACCUUCUAUUUGUCAUUUUUAACAAAUACUCUAUACGAUGUGCCUACGGGAAUGAUUGUACUAUUGUCAUUCUUAUAUGGAUCAAUAUCAGUAUUAGCUGUAGUGGGCAACUUUCUGGUGAUGUGGGUUGUGGCCACAUCAAGGCGAAUGCAGAGCGUCACCAACUGUUACAUAGCCAACUUAGCUUUAGCAGACAUAGUUAUAGGUCUAUUUGCUGUACCAUUCCAAUUCCAAGCCGCGCUGCUGCAACGGUGGCUGUUACCACACUUCAUGUGCCCAUUUUGCCCAUUUGUACAAGCGUUGAGCGUAAACGUCAGCGUAUUCACGCUUACUGCCAUCGCUGUGGAUCGACAUCGAGCAAUCAUAACUCCACUCAGUGCCCACACAUCCAAGCGAAUUGCUAAAGUAAUAAUAGUAUUAAUUUGGCUGUUGGCUUUGUCCCUGGCGGCCCCAAUGGCAAUGUCAUGGGAAGUUAUUAUGGAAGAUGAACAAGAUCCAGUUAAUAAAAUAAUUUAUAAGAAACCAUUCUGUGCUCCCAGUGAAUUCGGUUCUCAUUCACUGGCUAUCUACAGACUGCUAUUGUAUAUAUUUCAAUACGUGAUUCCUUUGUGCGUGAUAACAUUUGCUUACGCUCAUAUGGCGAUGAAGUUGUGGGGUGCCCGUGCUCCUGGAAAUGCACUGGAAACUCGUGAUGCAAACCACAUGAAAAACAAAAAAAAGGUAAUAAAAAUGCUGGUUCUGGUUGUGGCGCUGUUUGCGCUGUGUUGGCUUCCAUUACAAAGUUAUAUGCUGUUACAGUCAUUCUUUCCUUCGAUUAAUGAGUACAGAUACAUUAACGUUAUAUUCUUUUGUUUCGACUGGCUAGCAAUGAGCAACUCAUGCUAUAAUCCGUUUAUUUACGCCAUAUAUAAUGAAAAGUUUAAGAAAGAAUUUAAACAACGUUUUACUUUUGGGAAAAAACCAAGCAGAUUUGCCAACGACAGCUACGAGGAUGGACAAUCAUACAGGACUAGAAUACUAUCAUUUCGGUCAACAAACGAUAGAACUGUGUACUCGGCGAGAAAAUCUAUAAAUCUUGUGCCUCUCGAUACCUUAAAGCCAACAGCAAGAAGUUGUCAUUGUUUAAGAAAUCAGAACAAUUUACAAAGUGGUAAUGGAUUUAGAAUAACAAGAUCUAAUGAAGUUAACGAUAAUAAUGGUAGUGAAAGAUUGAACAAUGGCAGUAAAAAUAAAAGAAAUACAUCAGCUAAAAGACUGUCCAAUAGUAACGACUGCCCUCUUGGAGACGAACGAGUCAGUGAAUUGUAUAUAUUUCCAAAUAGUAAUAUUGUUGAAUUCACAGAUCUAACUUACGACGAUAAAGUGUAAAUAUAAAAAUUCCAUUAAUUUGUGAUGUUAGAAUUAUAAAUAAAUGUAGUAGCAACGUAAUAACAAAUAAAUAUAAGAUUAAAUUUUUUUUAUCUUCAGCCGAGAAGAAAUAACCU